AAAAAGAUUUUUGGGCCAAAAUGAUAAAGAACAUUAAAGAAAUUAUGCCAAAAUUAAACGAAAAUAAAUUAUCCCCUGAAGAUGAGAAACGUGUUAUGAAUAUUGCUAAGUCACAUCUUUUAUCAAAGAUCUGGUAUCCAGCAUAUCUUCUACCUCCUGAUACAAACACAAUCACCGAAUUAAGUGACUUAAUAACGAAGUGGAUCAAAGACAAAUCCCCUCCCAGGUCAAAUGGCAUUGAACUCCCAAAAAUUCAGGAUAUGGUUGAUGCUAGAUUAGGACUUAUCUGGUUAAAGUUAUUAUCUAGCAAUGAUUUGUGGGCAAAAAUUGAAAGGGAGUUUAUCGAAGAAGAAUUAAAAGAACACAAUGUUUCUAUAGAAACUGCAUUAAAAAAUCCAGUUAAACUUAAUAUAUGGCCUUUAGAGUGGAGGCCAUAUGUUACAGCCUGGAAAAGAUUAAAUGGGAGGAUUCCGAUUUCGACAAAUUCCUGGCCAUGGGAUCAAAAAUUAAUUGAGAUAGCAAAUCUCAAAGGCAAUGAAUAUUCGGUAAUGGAAGCAAUAGAAUAUUUACGUAAUAUCCAGGAUUUCUCAACCAGGGAUGCGUAA